UGACAAUACAAUCAAUUCAGCAGAAUUGAGAUCGGCUGAGUUUUUUUCAGUGGCGCUGCUAACGAGCAGCUAGCGAACGAAUCUGACCGCAGAUCAAUGCAGUGAAAACGUGAUCUGACGUCAUCUACCAGACGGAGAGCUGUGAUUGAGCGACGUGAUGACGUAACGCAAGGUGGUAAUUUGCUCCGACGCUCGUUGCUGCCCGGAGAAACGCCGAGUCCUCCUGACUGCUUUAGUAAGACUUUCUUCGAAACGACGACGACAACAACAACAAAGCACAUUCACAUCUUGACUUAAAUUUUCAUUGCAUGUUCCAAGACGGCGUCGAGCUGACCUCGAAAACAGUUUGACACAGGCGGGGAAGUGAGGGGCUGUAGGCAGACCCAUGGCUGCCGUGCAUCACCCGGGGUGCCCCCUCAGGGACUCGCUUUACUGGGAUGAAACCGAAUGUGUAAACUACUACGGGAUGUUGUCUCUCCACGAGGUCUAUGAAGUAGUUGGUUGUCAGCUGACAGAAACUGACGUCGAAGUGUUGUCAUUCCUCCUGGAUGAAACGUGUCCCGCAACACACCCUCUCGACCCAGCAGAUUGGACAGUGAAGCCCUGCGGAGGCGAUCCAGGUGACUCGGGUGUUGCCCCGAGUACCGAGCUUCUAAAGGCCUGGAGGCGGUUAAAACCUCGGGGCUCCCAGCAUCCCUUAGCGCCCUCGUACAAGCCCAAGAGUGGCCUCGAGCUGUUGUUGGAGCUGGACAGGCGGGGAUACCUCAGUGAUGGCAACCUGGAGCCACUAUUGCAACUACUCCGAGUGCUCACUCGCCAUGACUUGCUGCCUUUAGUGUCCCACAAGAAAAGGAGGACAGUAUCUCCAGACAGAAUUAGACAGAGGCACAGAAUAGACCGCCAGUUGGCGUGCCCCUCUGGUAUGCAGCACAGCUACAGACAGGCGGAAAUGCCUCUUCCAUAUUUCGCGCAGCAGUUGAGAACUGGGAUCUACCCUCCUCUGCCUGGGCCACCUGGGAGGAAGAGGAGGAAGAAGAGGGGAAACGGCUGGAGCCGUAAGCCCAGGAAAACAAGCCGACCGGGCCCGCCUCCGCCUCCGCCUCCACCUCCACCCCACAAAGCCUUCUGCAAAAUCCGCCUGCGCGUCCGGGCCGAAUACCUGGAGCACGAUUCGGCCCUCCGUCAGGGCGUCUCAUCGGACAAGCGGCAGCCCCUGGAGCGCCAGUUUGAGUUGUUCAGCAAAGCCAACUCGCUGCUGCGGGCCAGGGACCUGGGUUCCAUCGUCUGCGACAUCAACUUCACGGAGCUGGAGAACCUGGAGGCCUUCUGGGGCGACUACCUGAGCGGCGCCCUGCUGGAGGCCCUGAAGGGAGUCUUCAUCACCGACUCCCUGAGGAUGGCGGCCGGAUCGGAGGGCGUCCGCCUGCUGAUCAGCGUGGACCAGGAUGACUACGAGGAGGGCCGGAUGCUGCUGAGAGCGAGGAGAAUGUUGCCGUCUAGUCAUCGUUGGCGCACAUAGACUCACUGGGCUGUGUAGGCGGAUCGGAAUCUUUGCGGUGUGCUGCAUUGUCCUCUGUAGAAAGGAAUAGCCGGGGUCACGAUGAAGGUUAUCCGUACAGGGCGAAUUUAGAAGGCCGCCUCCUGUAGUUGCAAUGCAUGUAAUAAUCACUAGAUGGCAGCUUUCACCAUUGGUUGUUUGCGUUCGCAGCCGGCCUUACGUUUUCAGAAUUGUCUGUAGGUAAAAAAUUACCUUUUUUUUUGUGAAAGGAAAGUGAAUAAUAACAGAUUAAUGUGCUUUCCCUUGGGAUUCAUGCACAGGUGCUACUGUGUAGAACACCAGGAGGAAACGGGAUGUACCAAGAUUUUUCUUCUUAGUCUCAGUGAGAACAGGAGCAAGCAAGCCUGUGCCAAAAUAAAUGGUAAGCCCCUCAUAACAUUAUUAAUCUUCGAUAAGUACGGUUAACUGAUCACUGAACAACUGCGGUGUUGACAUUUUCACCUUGAGUACAAUAUACAGACGCAGACGUGCAUGCGUACACAGAUUAAAAAGGCUGCAAUCACAACGAGCCAGCAAGCAUUUGUCAACCUUUUUUUCAAAUUUCUGCGUGGAUUGUGGUCAUUCAGAUUCUAAGACGGCUCUUGAAACUCAAAAUGCCAGCGGCAAACUAAACAUCGCUGAUGGUUUGGUUGUUUUUUAUUAUUUAGUUUGAACUUGAGAAAUAUUGACAAUAUAAUCUGGCACUUCUUCUUUCUAAAUACACAUUUAAUGCCAAGGAAAGUUUCUGAUCUUUAAAAAUGUGCGACAGAACUGAGGGCAGCUGGAGAAGUGGACUUCUCUCUGUACAGAUUGAACUUUGACCAAAUUUCGGAGAGCCUACCCUGCGCAUGUACACCCCCCCCCCCCCAAAAAAAACCCCAAACGCUAUGUUUCUCAGCACCGCGUGCCACGAUAACCCGGCUUGUGAUUGGCGUUGGGAUGCGACCGUUGCCAGUAGAUGACAGCAGUGAUUAGGGCCUGGCCUCAGCAGACCGUGGAAGAUUCAUCAUCCCCAGCCUGUCAACAGCAACCCGAAUAAUACAACGGUGGCUUGCGUCCAGGCUUCAGCGAGUACCUCUCUCGUCAAGUAAAGCACAGGACAGUGCGUCGGUCAAUAGAAGUGAUGUUGGGGAGAUAAAAAUCAAAAGUGCACAUCCCAGCUCCGCUCAGCCCUGCUAUGUAGGCCCAGCAGAGGGGCUCACGGACAGCUGUCCACUCACCCUGCUGGAACUAAUGCCUGGACUUCACUCAUAGGGGACGAUCAAUAGGGCCCCUCCUGUAAGUCCCCCCCCUCAUCCCCCAUCCCCCCGACACAGGCACGAUUUAAGCAGGCAGACUUGCUACUGUCUGAAGUGUAGGGCUCCCCGAAGGGACGGGCACAGGGAGCCAUGUGUUAUUAUUAUUAUUAUUAUUAUUAUUAUUAUUAGUGGGGUUGUAUUAUUAUUCCUACAAGGAAAAAAAUAACUAAUUCAGGAGUGUUUUUGUUAAAGAAAUUCUUUUGGUAUGCCAAAUAUUUGUGAAAAUCUUUAUACACAAGAUAUUAUUUGUGGUGAAUAAUAAAGGUUUGUUGUCCUUAAAGAG